UGAAGCCCUAAUUCUUGCACUUUCAAUUUCUCUCUCCUAUUCUUUGCCUCCUUUGCUGCAACUAAAGCUUCCGGAUUUUUUCUUUUUCAUCAUAACCCAUCAAGAUUUUACCCCCCAUUCUCUUGAUUGAUUUCAUUCAAGAAGAGGGUACAGUAUCGAUAUGGCAUUAGCUUACUCUCACUACAUGACAUCCGACAAGCCAAUCGAUGCUCUAAUGGUUGUUUCUCCUCCAUCCCCAUCUUCAAUUCUUGGGGUAAUUCCUACCCAAGAUGAUCUCAAGAAAAUCGCAGCCCAUAAGGCGGUUGAGUUCGUCAAAUCCGGCAUGGUUUUGGGCUUAGGAACUGGAUCGACGGCGAAACAUGCUGUUAAUCGAAUCGGGGAGCUUCUUCGUCAAGGGAAGCUGCAGGAUAUAAUCGGAAUACCCACAUCGAAGGUGACUCAUGAACAGGCAUUAUCUCUAGGUAUUCCUCUUUCAGAUCUUGAUUCUCAUCCUACCAUCGAUCUGGCAAUCGAUGGUGCAGAUGAGGUUGAUCCCCAUUUGAAUUUGGUUAAAGGGCGAGGUGGGUCUUUGUUAAGAGAGAAAAUGGUGGAAGGGGCUUGCAAGAAGUUUAUAGUUAUCGUUGAUGAAUCAAAGCUGGUGAAGCAUUUAGGUGGAAGUGAACUUGCUCUCCCUGUUGAGAUUGUUCCUUUUGCUUGGAAGUUUACAGCUGAUAGGCUACAGGAGAUGUUUAAGGAGGCGGGUUGUAUUGCAAAGCUUAGAAGGUUUAGCGAAAAUGGCGAACCUUUUGUAACUGAUAACAAUAAUUUCAUAGUUGAUUUGUAUCUGAAAGAAGACAUAGGUGAUUUGAAGGCUGCAAGUGAUGCUAUUUUAAGGCUUGCUGGAGUAGUUGAACAUGGGAUGUUUAUCGAUAUGGCGACAACCGUUAUCAUAGCCGGUGAACGUGGUAUUACUUUGAAGAACAAAUCUGAAUUGUGAGUUUAAGAAAACAUAGGUCAGCUUAGCUAGCUAGGUCUUGCAUUGUGAUAGAGAUAGCCUAUGUAUGAUGAUUUUGGGAUAUUGUUGUGUAAACCAUGAAUUUGGUUCAAACUAGUACACUAACCAAUCUAUUUGAAAACGACCACUAUAUUUCUUUGCUGCA